GUGAUGUAUUACACGGAAGGGGCGGGGUUUCGGUGUAGGCGUGGUCGGGAGGACCUUGGCUUUGAUUAUGUUGGAGAUAACCGGGCUGUGAAGGAGAACAGGCCGCGCUCCCUGACCUUACCCUCCGCCAUGGCGCUGCUCAGAGGUAUUUUUGUUGUUGCGGCCAAAAGGACUCCAUUUGGCACCUACGGGGGAGUGCUGAAGGAUCACACCGCCACUGACCUGGGGGAAAUAGCCGCAAAAGCCGCCCUUGCCGCUGGGAAUGUCGCCCCCGAUGCCGUGGAUAGUGUGAUAUUUGGCAAUGUCGCUCAGACGGCGACCGAUGCCAUUUACCUGACCCGGCAUGUCGCCCUCCGCUCGGGGAUACCUGUACCCGUCCCAGCUCUGACUGUCAACAGACUCUGCGGCUCCGGCUUCCAGUCCAUCGUCAAUGGCUGCCAGGAAAUUGCCCUUAGGGAGUCAGAAAUCGUCCUGUGCGGAGGCUCCGAGAGCAUGAGCCAGGCUCCAUACGCCGUCCGAAACAUUCGCUUUGGUACCAAACUGGGAGCUGACAUUAAGAUGGAAGACACCCUGUGGGCCGGUCUCACCGACUCGCUCAUUAAGACCCCCAUGGCCAUCACCGCCGAGAAUCUGGCAGAAAAAUACGGCAUCAGCAGAGAGGAUUGCGAUAAGUAUUCCUUCCAGACCCAGCAGAGGUGGAAAGCCGCCCAGGACACCGGAUACUUUGCCGCAGAGAUGGCGCCUAUUGAAAUAAAGACAAAGAAAGGACCCGUUAAAAUGGAGCAGGAUGAACACCCAAGACCACAGACCACCCUGGAGCAGAUGGCAAAACUGCCCCCCGUGUUCAAGAAAGAGGGCGUUGUGACUGCUGCGAACGCGUCGGGGAUCUGCGAUGGAGCCGGGGCCGUCAUUGUAGCCAGCGAGGAAGCCACCACCAAACACAAGCUCACUCCACUGGCGAGGAUUGUAGCCUACCAUGCGUCGGGAUGUGAACCCAAGAUCAUGGGCAUUGGUCCCGUCCCUGCCAUUACUGAAGCAUUAAAGAAAGCCGGCCUGACCCUGAAGGACAUGGACUUGGUGGAGGUGAAUGAGGCUUUUGCUGCUCAAUACUUAUCAGUGGAGAAGGCCUUGGGCCUGGACCGCGAGAAGACUAAUGUCAAUGGAGGCGCCAUCGCCCUGGGGCACCCCCUGGCCGCUUCCGGUUCCCGAAUCAUCGCCCAUCUGACUCAUGAACUGAGACGCCGCGGUGGUAAAUACGCAGUCGGAGCAGCGUGCAUUGGUGGAGGUCAGGGUAUCGCCAUCAUCCUGGAGAACAUGAUGUAACCUGUCUGCACCAGUGAACAAUGUGAAUUUUUUGGAAAUAUGUGAACUCUUCUAAAGUAACCCAACUGUGCCUCACGUGGUGAUCGAGCUAAAGGUCUAUAGAACAAGAUGUCCGCUCCUUCUUCCCCUGAUCUCCCUGUCCGCCAUCAUGCAACCCAUUCAUCAUUAUUACUCUUCCAGGGGCCCGUGCAGGUGCCCCCAUUCCAGCAGUAUUACCUUGUGUGUAUUCUCAUUCUGUAACUGCAGGUGGCGCUGCUCACAAAGAGAAAUGCAGGGCAGCACUGAACUGUACAUACAGCAGUGAUCUCCCACCUUCAGCUGUCUAACUACAACCCUCAGCAUGCUCUGCAAGACAUCUAUACACCAGUAUGCAUAGGUUUACUGUACUUUUGCAUUGUAAGGACUAAGUUAGUUGCAAAAUUUCCCCUUGGCGAAAAGCUUUAUGUGGGGCUUGAUAAGGGUUUCUGCAAUAUCUACCUUUUUCUGAAUGUCUGUAUGCCCAUGUUAUCAGUAUUUGCAUAAGUAUUGACGCCCUUCUUCGGCAUGGCAGAGACAAUCAAUAGGCUUGUUGUCCAUGGGGCAGAAGAGCGCCUACAGCGGUGUGCGGCUCCUGUGAAACUACAAGUCUCAGCAGCUCAUGUUGCCAGUCUAUUGGUUUCUUUCCCCCGUAAGGCUCGAGGAGCAGAGUGCUUCCUAUCCCCCUUCUCAUCGGCUGAGAUUCACAUUCAGUGCCGCAUAUUUUGGGGGGGUCCAUUGAUUACUGUAGGGGGGCCUCAUCCUCUUUUGCUUUACUUGCAGCACCCAAGGGCAUAACAUAUAUAGCGGAUCCAAGGGCUUCCAGCAGCUUCAGUUAGUUCUCUGUAGAUGCUCCACAGCCUUAGGUUGAGGACCUCCCAGUAUGAGGGGCGUCCAACCUGUCCAAACCCCUCUUACUACUUCAGCCAAGUAUACAGUCUGCUCCCUGCCGUCUCUGUGGUACCCCAUAUGCUGAUGUGUAAUGUAGUCCAUUCAGUAUUUGUGGUCUCCAGCUGUUUUAGAACUACAACUCUCAGCAUGCUAUGACAGCUUGCAGCUGUGGUUGUGCACCAGGUGGCAGCCAAGAGAUGGCGGCAGCGUAGCAUCAGGAAUGUUCAGAUUAGUCGAUGACCACAGUAGAUAAGGGCUUGACUACUUGAACCAGUGCCUUCACAACGAGGGGAGAAUAAAAUGGGAUUUAAAGGUGAA